UCGGUCACCAGAGCUGGAUUUCAGCAGAGAUAGCAGGCACUUUUUCAGCGCUAAGGCUAACUCGCUUUCGGCUUUGGUUCGAGAUGGAGUCUCGUUCGACUGCACGGAGAUCUCGGAGCUCCAUCAUCCACAACUUCAAGAGUGGGCUCGUUCUGUGGUUGGUGGUAUGGUUGGUGGCGGUGAAGCCGAGCGGGGCCGGGGCGUGUCCAAGACUGUGUGUGUGUUACCCGUCCCCCAUGACGGUCAGCUGCCAGUCUCAGAACUUCACCACCGUGCCGUCCGGAGUCCCCUACGACUCCCAGCGCGUCUUUCUGCAGAACAACCGCAUCACUGAACUCAGAUCGGACACCUUCGGCUUCGAGACACAGGUACUGUGGCUCUACGCCAACAACAUCACGUUCAUUGAGGCCGGAGCCUUCAGCAACCUGAGGGUUCUAGAAGAGCUGGACCUGGGUGACAACCCUUCUCUACGCCGACUGGAGGGCGGAGCGUUCCGGGGACUGGAGAAGCUGCAGAGCCUGCACAUGCACCGCUGCAAGCUGGCGGCCCUCCCCCACGACCUCUUCCUCAAGCUCUACAGCCUGCAGUUCCUCUACCUGCAGGAGAACCAGCUUCACUUCCUCCAGGAUGACCUCUUCUCCGACCUGGUGAACCUAACCCACCUGUUCUUGCACGGCAACCGCAUUCGCGCGCUGUCUGAGAACGUGUUCCGCGGCCUGGUCAACCUGGACCGUCUCCUGCUCCACGACAAUCGCAUCCGCCAGGUGAACCGCCGCGCCUUCCGCGACCUGGGUCGUCUGACCAUGCUCUACCUGUUCAACAACUCCAUGGCGGAGCUCCCGGGUCAGGUCAUGAAGGACGCGUCCUCGGUCCAGUUCCUCCGUCUCAACGGGAACCCGUGGUCCUGCGGCUGUGAGGCGCGCCCCCUCUGGGCGUGGUUCCGUGAGGCGCGUGUCUCCUCCUCCGAGCUUAUGUGCACCUCCCCGUCGACCCGCCGCGGACAGGACCUGCGUUUCCUCCGGGAGAUGGACUUUGCCCUUUGCCCCCUCCCUGACCCCGGGUCCCUGGCAGGCACCACCACCACCACCUUCAGCACCAAGACCCGGUGGUGGUUCUCCAAGCACAAGUCUGCCGCCUCGUCCAAGUCAGUUUUCCAGAAGAGCUCAGAGACGGUCAAGGCGUUACCACACCAGCUCUCCUCCCCCUCCUCCUCUAAGUACGAGCUUGCCGAGGAGGAGUUGAAUUUGCCCAAGGUGGACCAGGAGGAGUACUGGGCCAACUAUGGGAACGAAGACUCCUCGGUGCGCUGCUUUGAGCUCGAGUGCCCGCCCGGCUAUGACACUCCGGUCCUCCCCCCCUUCUCCGCCUCCUCCUCCCUCACUCCCUCCUCCCUCGCUCUGCUCUCUCUUUCUGUGCUGACUCUCUCCAUCCACCUUCUCUUUGGCUGAACAGCGACCUCUCCUUUCCUCAGCCUCUCCUUUCCUCCAGUUGUUCUCUCCCUGCCAUAUCUUCUCUACACACCUGGAUCUUGAUUCCGUUCAGUUUCCCCCCUGGCCUCCAGGGGGCAGUACACUGACACAGGAGCAGGCAGGCAGUAGGGAGGUAGUGUCUGGAGCACCAUUGAGGAACGCGUGAUAAGACUGGAAGGCCCCACUGCUGCACAUGGGCCUAGGCUCACUACUCGGGUGACCUCAUAGCACCAGGUUCUGUUGCCGUGACAGCACAACGGCACGGCAAGCAAUUCCACAGCACACAGCCGUACAUACAUGUAUGGUACCACAACACACCACCGUAUUAAAUUCAUACCUGCUCGGUAAGACGGGGGUGAGCUUAAAGUAUUCUAGCCGCACAACAACUGAUUUGUACUUGUGGUCGACAACGCAGGCGUUGUAGGACUUUGGCUAAUGUGUAAGGCGCCAAGCGCUCUCUAUUGUCAACCACCACUAUGAAAGUACAUUUUCAAAUGCAACUCUUUUUGGUUUCUGAUUUGAUGUCAUUUCUAUCUCGUUCACUGACCUUUCACUCCUGACCUUUGAAUCCGAGAGGGCAGAGACACCAGGUUACCGCGGCUGCCGCAGGGCUCCACCCACCAGAUCAGCAAAACACUGGUCAUCGAGGAGGGGAGGGCAAUGCAUCAGUGAUGCAGAAUGGGUACCGCGGAGUGUGUAAACGAGGGUGAGAAUCUACAUGGGAAGAAGAGAAUAGGGAUGACAAGAUGAAGACAGGACGCUGCCAAGACAGGAUAGAAGAGAGAGAAGCGGAGAUUGUGAGAGUAAGAGGACAGCAAGAAAUAUAUACCACACACUAGGUCAGGUGCCAGGUUACAGUACCAGUGAGUGACUGAAGGUGAGAAUGAGAAUGUCGUCCCUCUCGUCAUUUGCAACAUUUGUUUCUGCGCACACCGCCGGUAAAAGGCGACACGUGUUUUGUGAAUAUGUGACACUUUAACGCUGUACAUAUGCAGUGACAUAAUAGUCACAUAGGGAGCGACAUACAUGACACUGCUGUGUAGUCCAGUGUAUGAAGCCUUCGUCUCAGCCUUCGUCUCGGCCUUCGUCUGAUUUCCAAGGUGGCCUCCGGUGAUUGUCGCUAUGAACCGGAUUGACGCCAUUCUGUUUUUUUUGAUGUGCCGUGAGCAAAGAUUCAGAUUUGUUCCCUGUACCCCUCAAAGGUCCUUGUAGUCCUGGUGUUUUGAAGGCCUCCUGGCCAUUCUGUGUCCCCUACGCAUUGAUAGUCAUGUGAGCUUCGCAGAGGGACAGCCGUGCAGGGGGGAGCCUGUGGGAACGUGUCUGAAGCCCAGGUUACGUCCAGUCCAAAUAAGUGAUUGCAACCUAUGGGUCAGCACCAGACGAGGAGUGCCCCAGUCGUCUCUUGAAUGUGCGCAUGUUUCUGGCCCGUGUUAAAAGGCAUUUAAUGAUCACUUCUCAUAGCAUCAUGAUUCACUGAGAGCAGAAGAUGCUGUUGUUUGAUCAGACACCACAAACUCUGCUACACGCGCAAACACACACACCCACACGCACGCACGGACACACACACACACACACACACACAUACAUACAGCGCAGAUACAUACACACACCACACAUACAGACACACGGUCGGCCAUUUGUUCCAGUCCACUCCUUCCACUUGCUGCUGUGUUCCAAUGGAAUAAGAAGGAAGCUGUCAUACCGCUUUGUCUGUUUCAUGAAACUUAUUAAAAACUUCUAUUGGUUUUACUAAAACAGAACUGUGUG